GGCGCGAUGUUCGUGGCGCGCAGCAUCGCGGCGGAUCACCGCGACCUCAUCCACGAUGUCUCCUUCGACUUCCACGGGCGGCGCAUGGCGACCUGCUCCAGCGACCAGAGCGUCAAAGUCUGGGACAAAAGUGAAAACGGGGAUUGGCAUUGCACUGCCAGCUGGAAGACACAUAGUGGAUCUGUGUGGCGUGUGACAUGGGCCCAUCCUGAAUUUGGGCAAGUCCUGGCUUCCUGCUCUUUUGAUAGAACAGCAGCUGUAUGGGAAGAAAUAGUGGGAGAGUCAAAUGAUAAACUCCGAGGCCAGAGUCACUGGGUAAAGAGGACCACUCUAGUAGACAGUAGGACAUCUGUUACAGAUGUGAAGUUUGCUCCCAAGCAUAUGGGUCUUAUGUUAGCAACUUGUUCAGCAGAUGGAGUUGUAAGGAUUUAUGAAGCUCCAGAUGUGAUGAAUCUCAGUCAGUGGUCACUGCAGCAUGAAAUCUCAUGUAAGCUAAGCUGCAGUUGUAUUUCUUGGAACCCUUCAAGCUCUCGAGCACAUUCUCCGAUGGUAGCUGUAGGAAGUGAUGACAACAGUCCAAAUAUAUUGGCUAAGGUUCAAAUUUAUGAAUAUAAUGAAAAUACCAGGAAAUAUGCAAAAGCAGAAGCUCUGAUGACAGUCACAGAUCCUGUACAUGAUAUUGCAUUUGCUCCAAAUCUGGGAAGAUCCUUCCACAUCUUAGCUGUAGCAACCAAAGAUGUACGAAUUUUCACACUAAAACCUCUAAGGAAAGAAUUGACUUCAUCUGGAGGAUUAACAAAAUUUGAAAUUCAUAUUGUGGCACAGUUUGAUAAUCACAACUCCCAGGUGUGGCGAGUGAGCUGGAAUAUUACGGGCACAGUGCUUGCCUCUUCUGGUGAUGAUGGCUGUGUUAGGCUCUGGAAGGCUAAUUACAUGGACAACUGGAAGUGUACUGGUAUACUGAAAGGUAAUGGGAGUCCAGUGAACGGUAGUUCUCAGCAGGGAAUUUUUAAUGCCUCUCUAGGUUCAGCCAAUACAAGCCUACAGAAUUCACUAAAUGGAUCAUCUGCCAGCAGGUAUUUCUUUCCCCCUCUGGAUUCCCCACGGGCUGGAUCGAGAUGGUCCAGUCAUGCCCAGCUCCUUCCUCCUCCUCCUCUGAUAGAGCACUCUUGCGAUGCUGACACUGCCAACCUCCGGUAUCCUCACCCUCGCAGACGAUGUGUAUCUCGGCCUCUUAAUCUAUUACCUGAGAAUGAAGGGCACAGGAACGUUAUUGCUGUGGAUCAGGAUCCUGGCAUGGACUCAAGCUUUGGCUGGUGUGAGAUGGGCGGGAGGAUAAAACUGGACAAUGACUACAUGGAAUACAACCGUAGAAGUGGUUACGCCCUGGCCCGGGGCAGUAGGGCCGGACCGGCUGGUCAGACAUCACUGGCGGCGCAUCUCAGCGGGGGCUCAGGGGCGGCCGCCGUUUCCCUGAAAGACCCCGAGCUACUCACCGGCGAGUUGCGGCGGGAUGGGGCGACGGGCCCCUCAGUCUUGGCCGCGGCAGCUCGGGAGAGGGUAGGGCAGAGCGCCUCCGGUUUGGGAAAAAAGGGAUCGCUGCCUUCGAGCCGCUCUCCCUCCCGGCCUGCGCGGCGGAGAGUGUCGGCGGCCGCCUCCUUCGGCGGCCCAUCGUGCUGCUCCCGGGCCGCGACGGGUGGGGGGUGGGGGUGCCUGCGCCUGCACGGAGGGCUGCGGGGGGUGGAGCCCAGGCCUCCCGUCUUGAGAUGCUGCUGGACCAGGGCUGAUCGUGUUGCCAAGCAGGGUGCUAUUUUAAGCAGCUUGUGCACGAUGAUGGAAGACUUCAGAAAUAUUGCCGAUGAGACGUUUCCAAGCUUCUUGGGCCAUUCACUGAGUAGCAGUGCAAGUGUCGUUUUUGAAAACGUUACUAUUUCCUCAAACCCUGGCUUACCUGUUGCAGCUUCAACUGUUGCCAGGAGUAAAACGAGCUGUGACAACAGACUUUCUGACAUCUGUGCAUCCUAUUUAGAAGGGAAACAUUCACCUCCAUCGGGAACUUCUCACAGUAGUCAGUCAGAUCCUGAGCCAAUGGGGAGAUUUGCCCUCAGCUUUCAUGAUGACAAGGAAGUUGCUACACAAGUUAAAGAACCACAGCCAACUUCUGUUAGUUUGAAAGAAUCCCACUCAGUAUAUGGAGAGCAAUAUCGGAAUGUCAGUGAGCAUUCAAAUUGCAGUCAAGAUACCUUACUUGAGGUUGGGUCAUCUGAGCCUUCUGAAAAGCUGAUGGAAGGUGAAAUUUCAAGUGAUCAUCUUAGCAAUAGCCUUUCAAGUUUUUUGGAAAAUGAGAAACUCUUGUCUCUUGCAAGCUCAGAAGAAGAUUCCACUGAUGAUGAUAUUGAUGAUGAAGAGUUCUUUGAUAACCAACUAGAAGCCUAUUUUGAGCAGCUGAUACAACCAGAAAUUACAAGAGGAGACACUGACAUACAGAAACUCUCGGAAUGCUGUACAGCGCUGAAGCUUUCUGAAAAUGGCUUACUUCAAGAGAACUUUCAGGUUCCUGAUACCUACCAGGCUGUGACAGGAGUAGAUUCUGGAAAUGCUAGUGAUGAAGAUUCACAAAAUCAAGGGAUAACUGCAUGUCAUGUGCAAAGACAGAUGCUGCCCAGAGCAGUACGGCAACUGAGUUCCAUGACUACUGGAGACGUGCUAGAUUCCCGCACUGCUGCUGAGUUGCGAUUAGAUUCACUGUAUCUUCAGUGCAUGGACAACUGUAAAGCUGAUGUCUCGGAUGUCCUUCCAAAGCAAGAAAUACAGUCUUCUGAGUGCCAGGCUGCUGCUUCUGAUGCAGAAGUACUACACACAGCAAGAGGGCACUACACCACUCCUGAAGUUCUUCUUAGUGCAAACGCACCUCAGAUAGAUGCAACUGAAUGUGAAGUUGGUCUUGCUGAUACUUACCUGUCUCCAACAGCAGACAGUUGUGAGAACAUAAGUUUAGCUACAACAGACAAAGGUAAUUUACCACACAGCAUUGUCUAUCAAAAUGAAGAGGGCAAAUGGGUGACUGAUCUUGCGUAUUAUACUUCAUUUGAUGAAGAACAAGAUAUAAAUCUGUCUGAAGAUGAUAAAAUAAAUGAGGAGUUCAUAACUGGAUCUGAAGCAGCAGCUAUGAUUGCGCAAGACCAGGAGGAAUUUGAGAAAGCACACAGACUUGUGCAGGCAGAAAAAGUAGACAUUCUAAAUGCAUCUGAAUUAGCAGAUACUUCAUGGAAAUCUGCCAAUAGCUGCGUUCUGCUGAGAACAUCUGAUCUUCAUAAAGAUGCUAGUUAUUUACGUUUGUCUUUGGGGGAGUUCUUUGGUCAGAGAUCUGAAGCUCUUGGUUGUCUUGGUGGAGGAAGUGAUGUGAAACGGCCAUCUUUUGGUUACUAUAUUAUAUCUCCGAAGAAAAGGCAACCUGUUGCUUUGCUGAGGCAAUCUGAUUCAUCAGGAGGUGACAUGGGCCAAGAGACUUCCCAACUGUCUGAAGUGUUUCCAGACGACUUAGAAGCACAAACAAAAGAGCAUGCAUAUUCUACCAGCUGUGAAGGUGCAUGGCAUAGGAUGGAGACUGCAGCUGGAACAGAUAAAACAAUUAGUACAGAAGCUGCUACCAAAAGUGAAGCAAAGGAUGGAAUUCAUAAAGACAAGUUUGAAGACGGCUUAUCUAAUCAUUCUGACUCUGUCCUGAGUAUUAGCACAAUUGCCUCUGCUAUUGCUAAUGCUUCCUCCAGUGCUGAUCCUUCCCAGCUAGCUGCUAUGAUGGUGGCACUCUCUAAUAAAAGUAAAAGAAUGUGUUUCCUUCCUGGAAUUGUUAAAGAGACAGAACUCCCUGCUAACCAGGUAUUAUCCAGCAAUGUGGAAAACAGUGCAUUUGAUAUGGAAAAAUACCUUAAAAAAACAGAUGAGAUUGGACAUGAAAAUGAAUAUGAGUGUGUUGUGAAACAUGAAGCAUCUGUCCAGAACCUUCUGCCUGAUAACUUUAUACUGAGUAAAGAUAAAAAUAAGAAUACUCUUGCAGAAGACUUGAUAAAUAAUCACAGCAAGCAGCAAGAAGUAGAGAAGGGAUUUCUGGAUUAUUUUAAUGAAGAAAAUGAUAUUCAGAAUUUCUCUACUCUGUCUGGUGUUCCGAACCAUGAAGACAUAACUGCAAAUAGUGUUAAAUAUUCAGAAAAGUUGUCAGGUUUAGUAAAUAGUAAACAUUUACAGUCAGUGAAUGCUGAUCUUAGAUCAGAUAUGCUUGAUACCCAAAUCUUACCUACUGGAAAUGAAGCACAGACGUGUGGAAUGCCUUCAGCAGCGAAAAUGGAAGUGGCACAGAGAAGUCUGCUUGCUUACCAGACCAAUGAUCUCACUAGUAGAUGUUGUAUCAGGGAAGACACAGAAACAGUAGAUCAAGCAGCAAAUGCUGUUCCUGAACCAUGUAAUGAUUUGGUGGAAAGAAGUACAGGAAACACUCUAUCACCCAGCAACUUAAAACCUGCCAAGCAAUCUAGUAAAUGUGUCUCAGUAAGUCCUACAAAAGCAAAGCCUAUGCAGAAAUUGAACAAUGAUGAAAAGAAGCAAAAUGCAAAAACAGAGAAGAGAAGCAAAGAUGCCAGUACUUCUUGUGGUGGGAAUGUGAAACAUGUAACUUUUGAGAAGCUCUCCCCAACUUCUCAGAAUAGUACUGAGCAUAAACCCGUUCUACCUGAAUGUGACUUGCAGCCUCUAGAGGAUGAGCAGUAUAGCUUCAGACCUUCAACUUCACCACUAAUCCACUCUUCUCCUAGUGAGACUUCUGGAACAGCAUUUUCAGGGUCUGAAACUGACUUUACCUGCAUGUCAUGUUAUCAGGAAUCUUCUUGCAAAGAGAGUGUACUACCUCAGUCAGUUUACUCAAGUCCUAGCAUGAGCAGAUUAACAUAUGUCUCUGCAUCUGACAGUACCCUUAAGAACACAGCUGUAAUACAUAAUCCGGAGACAUACUGGAGUGAAAAUGCUAGUGAACUGAGCACAACAAUAAUUCGAGCCAGCCCAACUCCUUCGCAGGAACAUACGAAUGAAAAUCUAGAAGACCACUCAUGUCAAAGAAAUAGAAAAGAAGCACUGCUUAGUAUUGACCAGAAAUCAGAAGAAAAUGAACUUGCAGGUCUUAAAAGAAAGCUUAAUGAUGUACUGGAUCAAGAACUGUCCAAAGAAGAUUUUCCGAAGAAUGAAAAGCAGCUUGCAUCUGUUCCUUCAAAUGUAGCAGCAAGUCAUGAAGAGCUACACCGUGUUAAAUCAGUUUUACCAAGUAAAUUCUCCAUCUUUCAGCCACUUUCUGUUGAUGUUGAUGCACAAGAAGUGUGGCAAGAUCAAACAAGCAAAGCACAGAGACAAGGAUUACCGUCCUUGAAUAUACUACCCGCGUAUCCUGGAUUAAGCACUUAUAUGCCAUUCAGUCAAAAUUCAUCUGGUGAACAAUAUGUUCCUAUUUCAAGCUUUAAAUCCCAUGUCACUGCCUCUGAGAGUCAAGCAAUUUCUUCUGUUCCCACAUUGCUUACAGGACGUUCUCUUGCAACGACUCCAUUUGCACGACAGCAGCUGGGAAAUAUACCCUCUAGUGGAAAUACGGUUUUGUCUCAGUUUCAUGGCUGCAGCUCUGCAGGUUUUGGUCUUCCGGCAGGGCUUCCUUGUUCCGGUAUCCCAGCAGGACAUGUUGAGAAUCCACUUAUGGUAGGAAUUCCUUUAGGUCCUGGCUCUUUGGGUGCAGCUUCACUUUCUAAUCCACACUCUACUUCCUGGAGCAAGAAUGUCUUAAAUAUAAAAUCAUGUACUGGCCAACCUCUUGGAGCUGGUAGAAAUGAGUGGGAGUUGCCAAAGUCACCUGGUAUUGGACAUGUAAAAGUACCAGAAGAAUUGAAGUUCCCUAAUGCCUGUUGUGUAGGAAUUGCCUCACAGACAGUUCUUAGCAUUUUUAAUCCAACUGAACGGUGGUUGCAGGUCAGCAUUGGAAUACUCAGUGUUUCAGUUAAUGGGGAAAAGGUGGAUCCUGUGAAAUAUCAAUGUCUGGUUUUCAAGAACAAAACCAUCGUAGGAUCCUAUUCUACCAAUGAUCUGAAAAUACUUUUCUUACCUUGUCAUUCGGGGAUCUUUCAGUGUAUUCUCAAUGUUUCAUCUUGGCCAGUUUCUGCAGAUGCCGAGACAAUCAUUCAGGCAGAAGCUUUGGCAAGUAGGGUAGUUCUGACAGCAGUUGCUGAAAAUCCUAAUUUAGAAGUUGAAACAGGAAAAAGAGAUUGUCUGGAUUUUGGUGACUUGACUUCUGGCAGUUGGAAGGCUCUUCCACUAAAACUUAUCAACAAAACCCAUGCUUUUGUGCCAAUAAGGCUUAUUAUUAAUGCUAAUGCAGUAGCUUGGCGUUGCUUCACAUUUUCCAAGGAACCAGUUAAUCCUUCUAAUGAACAAUCACUCCAAAUGGAUGCGGUUUCUCAGAUAGCAGCUCCAUCAGUUGUAAAUCAUGUGAUACAUGCAAGCUAUGAUGGGCAAGAUCCUGAGGCUUUAACAGUUUGGGUUCUGUUCCAUGCACCUAAGAAACAAAUUUCUUGUUCAGAUUCCUUGGGUCCAGCGGAUGAAUUCUUGGCAAGAGUUGAUGUGGAAGUGGAUAGUCCAGGACCUAGCAGUGUGAUUAAAAGUAUUCCUCUCCGAGCAAGAGCUGGAACGGCGAGGAUACAUGCUCCAAAGGACUUACAGACAAUAUAUCUGUCUACUCAUGUGGGUUCAACAGCCAAACAGCAGCUGCCAUUGAAAAAUGCUGGAAACAUUGGUGUAUAUUUGAAAGUUAAGACAUCAGAUCAGGACAGCUGCUUUGCUGUUGAACCUGAGGAUCUUUUCCUUAUUCCUGGAGAAGAAAGAGAAGUGACUGUCCUGUUUUUUCCAAAAAACAUAAUGACUACAGAAAGUACUUUGAAAAUCCUUGUGCUGCCAUCUGGUCCUCAGUAUGAAGUGGUGAUAAAAGGUGAGGUGGAGUCUGAGGAAAAUAGACCUGUGUCUACAGCUGCUGGCUGCUCAGACAUCCCACCCAUUCUCUCCAACAAGCAGUUCAUUGCCUGGGGAGGAGUAACACUUGGAGCAUCAGUCCAGCAGAAGUUAACUCUAAGAAAUGACUCUCCAUCUGUGACCCAGCAUUUAAGACUGUUGAUAAGAGGCCAGGAUCAAGACUGCUUUCAGCUGCAAAGUAUAUUCGGAUCAGAAGAACGCUUAACUAGUAAUUGGGAACUCAAAAUACGUCCCAAAGAAGAUACUAACAUAUACUUGAUGUUUGCACCUACUCGAAUAACUUGCUUCUUUGCAAAGCUGGAAAUCAAACAGCUGGGGAUUCGAUCACAGCCAGGAAUUAAGUUUACUAUACCGUUAUCUGGAUAUGGAGGAACAAGCAAUAUAACUUUAGAAAAUGUUAAAAAACUGUCAGAUAGUUACAUGGUAACACUGGAUGCAUUAUUGCCUGCAAGAUUAAGGAAAGCUUCCUUCUGCAUAAGAAAUACAGGUUCUCGGGCUGCCUAUGUUAAAGCACUGUGCUUUGCAAACCUACGGACAAAAACAGUUAUGGAUCCUCAGGUAAUGAUGGUAUCUCCAGAGAAGUUUGUACUAAGAGAAGGAACACAUGAAGUGAUUACUAUAACGUGGAAUCCAAUGGAAAAGGAAAAGAACUUCCAUAAAACAAGCACAUUGGUAUCAACGGUAUGUUUUUUUUGUGGAGAUGAAGUUUCUCGGCAGCAGUAUCGUAGAGCUAUGAUGUAUAAACCAGAGGUAGAAAAACACAUAAUCCCAGAAAACAGCUUAUUGAGAAACAUUGUAUUUGAUGAAGAAUUUCAAGGGGAGCAGCUUGUGACAGAAGUAUGUGAUAUCCCACGGGGGACAAAUGAUAUCCAUCUUUUCUAUGCAAAUAUGCAAAAGGCUAUCCUUUCUGUGGUUGGAUAUUUCACCUUUGAUCGGGAUGGAUUUCAGCAGUCUCCUGGAUGUCAUUUGGAAUCAGACAGAGUUCUCAAAUCUGAAAAUAUCAAUUCAACUUUGGAUGUCCUUCCUGUUAAAGGACCUCAGGGUCCUCCACUACCUGUAAAAACUGAUGAUCUCAUUCAUAAUAAAUCAGAUGCUCAACAGACUUGGGCUGUUAAACCUGAGUACUUGACUUUGACAUCUCCUUCUAUUAGUGGAACAGCGGACACUGGACAGGUACAAAUUGUCAACAAGUCUAAUAGGAUGUUGACAUUUGAGCUUUCAUGGCCAGCUCACUGCCUUACUAUAACCCCACAACAUGGAGUUAUUGAACCAGAGAGCAGUACACUAAUUCUGGUGAGUCCUAAUCCAUCACUUGCCACAAAACCUUCGUUAAUUCCUUGGAGUGGCCUAAUCUAUAUCCAUUGUGAUAACAGACAAAAGUUUAUUAAAGUGCAGAUUCGAGAGGCAGUUGCACACAGUGUGUCUGGAGCAGACUUUCCUUCUAGAAGACAUGAUGUAUUUACUCCACAGUCUGAAAGUCCUACUAUUCACGUGGCAAAACCUCUCUCAGUGCUCCCUCUAACAAAAAUGGAAAUAAAGAACAGAACCAUUGUUUUUCCUACAACAAGACCUGGCCAAAGCUCAGAGAGUUAUCUGGAAAUGGAGAAUAAAGGGGAUGAAAACGUGAAGUGGCAUUUAUCAUCUUUUGCACCACCCUAUGUUAAAGAUGUGGAUGGAACUGGUUGCGUUUAUAGGGUUACUUACUCCACUUUCAGAUGUUCCCGUGUUUCUGGUACUCUUGAAGCUCAUGGAGAAGAGAAGGUUGCUGUAAUCUUUUUACCCAGAGAUAAAGGGAAUUACUCCCAGUUCUGGGACCUUGAGUGUCACCCAGUUGAAAAACCUAGUUGGAAACACAAGUUAAGAUUUCAGCUUUCUGGAGCAGGUACUAAAACAGAAAAUGAAACUUCAAUUGUGAAAGCUUCUGCAAGUGCCCUCACAAAAACUGAGCUUCCUGUUAUACCAGACACGAAGGUUUACUCUGAAGCACAUAAAAAUAAAGCAGGACAAAAUGAGAUAACUCGAGGGGUAUAUGCACCAGAAGACCUGUACACUUUUCCUCCAACUAGAGUUGGAGAAUCAUGCACAUUAAAGGUCAACUUGCGAAAUAAUUCCUUUACAACACACUUGCUGAAAUUUCUAAGUCCCAGAGAGCCUUUCUACAUCAAGCACUCAAAAUACUCUCUAAGAUCCCAUCAUUACAUCAACGUGCCAGUCCAGUUCAAGCCAAAGGCAGAAGGAAAAUUUGAAGGUCUCUUUGUUGUGCUGACAACCAAAUAUGGCUCAGUUAAUAUUCGGCUAUGUGGUAAAGCUAUUGCAAAAAAAUAGUCAGAACAGUUUUAUAACUGUUUAUAAUAAUUUAUAACAGUUUAUGCUAUUUAAAAUAUUCAAAGAUUUGCUACUACAUUUCUGUACUAACGUCCUACUUGUUUUGCCCUGUGAUGCUGCUUUGAUGGAAAGUCUUCUGUAAGAUGAAUUAUGGUGCUUGUUUUACAAAUCUGUUUUCAUAGUAAAAACACUGAGAAAUAACAUU